GUGUUUAACCGCAGCCCAGCCCAUUCUCCGUCCUGACGUCCUUCCUCGAUGCUGGUGUGUGUGACACGCUGCUUUUUUGAGGAGGAAGAUUGUAAAAAGCAGCUGCCUAAUUUUUUUUGUCCUCUGAGAGAAGGAUGUUGGGAAGACUAUCUCUCCUGUAUAUUUCCUUCCUUCCUUUUGUCUGAAAUCUUUACGUUGAUGCAAAACCGCGAGGGAUUAAAAGGGUGAAAGGCAUCAGUUCCGUCUGUAGUCUGCUCUUUCUGGAUUUAUUUUAUUAUUUUUUUUUAACUGAUUGAUUUAUUUUCCUGGAAAUGUACAGAGAGGGAGCUUCUUUGAAGGGCAGCCUGUUUACAUGGGAGCGGAUUACUUCAGCUAAAAGACACUCAUCUGUGACAAAAAAGGAAACCGAGCCCGUAGAUUGGCUUUAGUUUGAUUAUAUUGAGCUGUGUAGUGGACGCUUGAAAGAGGAAGAGCGUUAGGAGUGUACAGCUGUGUUGUAAUGGGAAGCAGUGAGGUGUGAUGAGAAUGGAAACACUGCUCGGGACAUUUCAUCAUUUCUGCACUGAAAACCAGCCGCUCCAGUCAGACUGAUGCAGACAUCAGGGCCACACAGGGCAAAACUUUCGUCUCAGUCAUAUUAUUUAUUUAUUUAUUUAUUUGUGUGUGUGGGUGGUUAACGCGGUAAACAAGUAAACAUGUGGAUUAUUUGAUUAAAUACGUGGUUUUAUAGCAGAAGAGAGUCGAGCCCUGUCUGGUUAGGGGGCACUGGGCUUUUGAUUUGAUUGAUUAGCCUCAAGAAGAGGAGCGGAGAUGCAGAGGGCUACAUGACGGCGGAUUUUCUUUGCCAGGCUCCAUUUUAAUACACAGAGGGAAUAAAUAAAGUGUCGUUGUCGAAGUUGAAAGACCUCAGGGACCAUGUCUUCUCGGGCAACACUGCAGACCGACAGGAAUUCAGACCACCAUGCUUCACUCUCUGCCAGCCGCUCAGACAAGGGCUCGGCCUGGUCGAAUCGCUCACUGGGAGCUCGCUGCCGCAACUCCAUCGCCUCCCUCUCAGACGAGCAUCCUCACAUCGGCAACUACCGGCUGCUCAAAACCAUCGGCAAGGGCAACUUUGCAAAAGUGAAGCUGGCACGCCACAUCCUGACUGGCAGAGAGGUUGCAAUAAAGAUAAUUGACAAAACCCAACUCAACCCAACCAGCCUACAAAAACUUUUUCGAGAGGUACGGAUUAUGAAGAGUCUCAACCAUCCGAACAUAGUUCAGCUCUUUGAAGUGAUUGAAACUGAGAAGACAUUGUACCUUGUAAUGGAGUAUGCCAGCGGUGGUGAAGUGUUUGACUACCUCGUGGCCCAUGGGAGAAUGAAGGAAAAGGAGGCACGGGCUAAAUUUCGACAGAUUGUAUCUGCAGUUCACUAUUGUCAUCAGAAGAAGAUUGUUCAUAGGGAUCUAAAGGCGGAAAACCUUCUGCUUGAUGCAGACUCCAAUAUUAAAAUCGCAGACUUCGGCUUCAGUAACGAGUUUACGCUGGGCAGUAAGCUGGACACGUUCUGCGGCAGCCCCCCCUAUGCCGCCCCUGAGCUUUUUCAGGGCAAGAAGUAUGACGGGCCUGAGGUGGAUAUCUGGAGCCUGGGGGUCAUUCUGUACACACUGGUCAGCGGAUCACUGCCAUUUGAUGGCCAGAACCUCAAGGAGCUGCGUGAACGGGUGCUGAGGGGAAAGUAUCGAGUGCCGUUCUACAUGUCUACUGACUGUGAGAGCAUCCUACGCAGGUUCUUGGUGCUCAACCCUGCCAAGCGCUGUACCCUAGAGCAAAUCAUGAAAGAUAAGUGGAUGAAUGUUGGCUAUGAGGCAGAUGAGCUGAAGCCACAUGUCGAGCCUGUGGAGGACUACAAUGACCCGGAGAGGAUAGAUGUAAUGAUAGGGAUGGGCUUUUCCCGUGAGGAGAUCAGGGAAGCGCUGACCAGUCAGAAGUACAAUGAGGUCACUGCUACUUACCUGCUGCUGAGCCGCAGGAAUGAGGAUGGCAGUGAGUCCAGAUCGAGUAGUACUCUGUCCUUAGCUCGAGUUCGACCCAGUCCCAUAACCAAUGGUACCAGUAAACACUCCUCCACCUCCUCAUCCAGCUCAGCCUCCACCACCCACAACAAACCCCAGCGUAGUGCCUCCACCUACCACCGUCAGAGGCGGCACAGUGACUUCUGUGGUCCUGCAGUGACUACAACUCACCCUAAACGUAGCCCAACCAGCACAGGAGAGUCUGACUUGAAAGAGGAGCGAUUGGCCACAAGGAAGGCAGGCUGCAGUGUGGUGGGCAGUCGUAGCAUCCCGCCCUCCAGCCCCAUGGUCAGCACAGCUAACAACCCCAACAAAGCAGAGAUCCCUGACCGCCGCAAGGAAGCCGUUGUCGCCUCGAGCAACGUACCAGCAAGUGCCAUGACCCGCAGAAACACAUAUGUAUGUACAGAUCGCUCCAGCACUGAUAGACACUCCUUACUGCAGAACGGCAAGGAGAACAGCUCACAUUCUCACCGUUUACCUCCAGCCUCUCCCUCCACACACAGCAUAUCUGGGGCGGGGGUGGCUUCAUCCUCCUCAGCCGAACGUUCCCGUCUGAGCAGAGGCUCCACUGUCCGCAGCACUUUUCAUGGUGGUCAACUCCGGGAGCGCCGGGUGCCUGCGCAUGCCCCACCCGCCUCCCCGACUCUGUCCCGCGAUGCCAGCCCGCUGCCCCACGCCCGCACUCGAGCCACCUCAAACCUCUUCAGCAAACUCACCUCCAAGCUUACACGCAGGGUCAAUCUUGACCCCUCUAAGCGUCAGAGCUCAAACAAGUCCGUCUCGGGCUGCCCUCUGCCACAUGGAUCGAAAACAGUUAACGAACCUGAGAGAGUCUGCAGAUCUCCGGUCACAAGUCGCCAUCUAUCUGGGUAUCAAAAAGCGGCAGAGCCCCGGCCCCCCCGAUGCGGCUGGGAUGUAAAGGUGCAGAGCGCGCGGGACCCAGCCGAGGUGGUGCUGGCAGUUCGUGAGGCGGCGCAGGGCUGCGGUUGCCAGGUGCACCAGGCUGGCCCGUUCCUCCUCUCCUGCACACACGGCGCUGCUGGCUCCCGGGUGGCAUUCGAGGCUGAAGUAGGCCACCUCCCUACAGAGGCCAGCGGGGUCCGAUUCAAGCGCCUGUGGGGGGCACCACUCGCUUUCCGGGACAUCGCUACCAAAGUGUCCAAAGAGCUGGAACUCUAAAGGGCAACAGGGGGCAGAGGGGUAUGGGAGCAAAGCAGGGGACCAAAUAAUAGGAACCUCCUUACGCCACCUGCACUUUCUGUGGGCUCGUACAGACUCUGAAACAAACAUGGAGAGCUUCAUGGCUGCCACAUACAGGCCCUGCUGAAAGAAAUCCCCUCCCCACUGAUUCCUACUCUGUGUCUUAGCCAAGCUAUUUGCUAUUCCAGUUUUGACCGACAUUUAUCUUCACCACGGCGUCUCAGCCCUUCAUGUCCUUCAUUUCCUUUUAACAGCUGCUAUUUAAUACAUUUUGAACUUUUUUUUUCUUUUUGUUCCUUUAAAAGUUGCACCAUCCUGAACACUUUGAUUAUCAGACAUGUCCUGAAGACCAGUUCUUUUGUGUGUAUUUUAUAUUAACAUUUUCUGUGGAUGAAAAACAGCCUAAACACAGGUUUAAGAGCUUCCUAAUGGGAAUUAAAAGCUGUAUAAACCUGAGUGAUUUGGGGAUAGGUGAUGGCUGCUCUUCUGAGCCACUAACAUUGUAGCCUUUAUGGCUUUUUUUUUUUUUUUCUCUCUCUGCGUUUCAGCAGUUGUUCUCAGUAAUGCAAAUUCUGUUGUUGUACAGUAGCACUUUAGGGUUGAGUGAGCAUCACUUUUCUUGAACUGUGUUUCCCCUUAAAUGGUACACUGCGCCUGUCAAGCCAAGUCAAAACACAACACUCCUUCUGCUGUUCUGUAAGUAUUAUGCUGGUGAGAAGCCUCUCUUAUAUAGCCAAAAGAGGAUCCUGCUAAACGGACACGAGACUGCAGCUUUCCAUUGAAUUGGUAGAACCAGUCACCACCUUAAACAAGCAAAUAUGUACAUGCACUGUGCAAAAUUGAUUUGUUCAGCAUUUGUAUGAAACCCUGGAGUGUGCAAGUCUAGUUGUAGUCUUGGAGUCAUCUAACAGUUGUAGAUGUACUAUAUUUUUGAUAAUGUGACAAGUGUUGGGGUGCUAAAACAUCUGCCAAAUUAUCCUGUGAUAUAAUUUCAGUACUGUUUGACGUAAAUUACUUUGUAUUCUUAGCUCAAAAAUGCCUCUUUAAGUCAGUGUCAUUAUUACUGAGUGCUGUAGUGGGCUGAUGUAGUGAUGUUAGGGUGUGAAGAGAUGUCCGUCCAGUCCCAGCUAUCCUUCAUGAAAUUAUAGCUGUACAAUUCCUACGAGCACUGUUCUGAAAUGUUUUGCUAAGGCAUAAGGGCUAUCUUAAGAGAGUAUGCUCCAAAAUUUCAUUGAACAAUUUGCAAAAAAAAUAAACAGACAGUAAUUGUUUUAUUGUGAGCCACAAUCUACUACCAAGAUAUAAAUUUCUUUUGACCUCCUAAAACCCAUAAAUUAAUUGUCAAAGUUUCUGAUUUUGCUUCUUACACGUUAGUUUAUAGAAACUUCAAAAUUUUAGCAAAGUGAAAGAACAUCAAAUAUACUCAAAUUAACUGAAUUCUUUAAUUAUAUAAUUAUAUAAUUACUAUAGAAUUAUUAUUUAAUUAUACUGAUUAUGAGAUUAUUUUAAUAACUAUAACAUCAGUAGCUUAAUUCUAGACAUAUUUUGCUAAUCUCCAGUUUGAAAUAGUCUUAUUCUUUUGGCAGAGAAUUCAGCUUCUAUAAACAAAUGCUUGGAAUUAUCUUCUAAUAGAAUAAUGCAAUUUUAAACUUGAAAUUUGUGAAGAUGCCUAUCAGUAGCUGUCGAUAUAUUCUAAUAUUCUCAUAAUAAGAAAAAUUUGAUAAAUUUGCUAAUAAUAAUUUUUUUUUUUCAGUGUAAAAGCCAUGUCUUUUUGAUAUAGGCUUCGCAGUAAAAUCUCUUGGGUUUCUUAGGCUUGCUGUUUAUUGGUUCCCUGUACUGGUUGUGUUGAUCCAUGGGUUAUGCAUUGUAACCUGUGGUUAGCAUGGAUGACAGAAUGUGCCAGUUCAUGUUUACAGUCAAGGAGCAUUUACAAUUCACAGCUACGUCUGCUUCCUUAAUGACUUGGUGCCUUGCUGAUUCAUUUAAUGUAUACCAAAAUUCUGGGAUUACAAAGAACCAAUUGACACACUAUUUAAAAAACUGGAUCCAGUCUGGAGCAAAUUCAGUCAAGGGCAAAGCCUUAAACUUUGAAUUGAUCUCAAGAAGAUAUUAUGGAACUUAAUAGCGCAAACACUCAUGUCCUAGAAAGCAUAUGAUCUCUCUAUUCUAGCAGACUGUGUGUACGUAUGUGUGUGUGUUUUCAUGUAUGUGUUUGUGUGUGGGGGGAUUGAAUUUUCAAUGAAAAUAAAAACACUGUGUGGUUUUUUGGUCUUUAGUUAAUAAACAUAAGUAGUCUUAACCCCUUAAACCAGCGGGACCUGUGGGCGGGUCCAGCUAUACAUUCCUCACUCCUGUAUAUACAUAUGUUUCCCAUUGGUUUCACUGUAAUUGCAAAAUAAUUCAUAAUAGUUGCAAAAUAAAGAUGUGCGUAAGGGGUUAAGUACACUGUUACACACAACACUGUUAGGUCACUGUUUCACAAACUGGUCCUCAGGGAUCCCAGAUGCUGCACAGUUUGCUGUGUCAGCUCCCAAUACACCUGAACACUGAAACCCGGAAUACUAGGUGCAGAUGUGUUAGGAGGAAGGACUGAGGACUGGUUUGGUAAACACUACAAUAAGUGCUGUUUUCACUAUGUACUUCAGUAAAAUAAUAAAAAUAAUAGCCUUUGCUGGUCACAUGGCUUGUCAUGACAUCAAAAUAAGAAGUAGCCUUAGUUACCCUGAGCAAAAAUGCCUUUUUUUCCCUGUGUGCAUUACCCUUCAAAUACAUACAGCAUCAAAAACUUGAUGUAUUUUUGUUUUACUCCAUUUUUAAGCAGGAUGAGUUAAAAGAAUUAACUUUCUGGUUAAAAGUAAGACUGCCUACUAGGUUUGCAUUGAUAGUUUCUCCUGCGCCUACUGUCUCUUCUCCUCCUGCAAAGCUGACUGUAUAAAUAUGUAAAAUUGUGUAGGUAAAUUAUGAUUGAAUUUUGUUCUUUUAAACAUUUUAGAUUAUUUUUCUGCCUGUACAUGUACAGAAAGGGGAACAGCUGAGGUGACUGUGGAAUAAACUUGUUGACUUUAAAGCCUGUCUGUGCUUUGUGUGUUCACCGCUAAAAUUGGAGCAGGGUCCAUGCCAGUGUUGCAAACACAAAGAAUGUGUUUAAGUAAAUGAAAAAGGGAGGUAGCAAAAAAGGGAGGUAGCUUGACAAGGAAAAGAAAGCAGAGGCCCAGAAAACAGUAGCUCCCUGAAGAGCUGGUCCGUAUGUAAGUAUUUGUGUAAGCCUUACAGUUAAACUUUUUCCAUGCUUCCAAAGCCAGUGAUUUAUCACUGAUGGUGGUGGAGAGUGAUGUCUAAAAUGUCGGUCCAAAAUCUCCCAUGUGUGUUCAAUUGCAUUGAGAUCUGGUGACUGUGAAGAUUAUAGCAUAUGAUUUACAUCCUUUUUGAAACUCAUUAUACCAGUGAGGCCUUGUGUCCUGUAGAUGGGGGCGGGGUCAUCCUGGAAGACAUGCCCAUCAGGAUAGAAAUGUUUCAUUACAGGAUAAAGUUGAUCACUCGGAGUUAACUAACACCAUGCCAGCAAAAAGUCCUCUGCAUUACAGAAGUACCAGUUUUUCCUAUAAUUUAUAAUACAUAUAGGAUGUCAAAUUAUGUGCAGUGGUAAGCAUCUUUGGGAUGAGAUACAGUGCACCCAUGAUCAUGGGAAUUUCUGCUGUUUUGGGGGGCAAAGAUGGCAAGAAGUGCUCAAUCCAGAAUUUGUAAUAGCUAUUAAAUGCUUUUUUGUCUAUUCUUGGUUUUUAGAGAGCCAAUAAAUCAAAAAUUUUUAUUUAGAUAAUAAAAUAAAGCAAAAAUAAUUUUAUUAGCUAAAAAGGUAAAUAUUAAAAGGUUUAAUUAAUAUCUUAAUUACAUUACAUUUGAAAUAUUAAAUAUUACACCUUAAUAAUACAUAUUAAAUAUUAUUUAACACUUUCCAUUAUCAGAUUUGGCAUCUUUAUAUAUGCAAGUACAAGAUCCCUUAAAAUUGCUGUAGAUUUUUGUCAGCUAAUUUUAGACUAAAACUAACAAUAAAUGAAUGACUAAAAUAUGACCAGAACAUCCCAUCCAUGGGAUAUGCUCUGGAUUCACCGCAACCCUAACCUGGAUACUGAAGAUUAAUUUUAAUAUAUUCUUCUAUUUAUAAUACUGAUUACUUAUAAUAAAUUUCACUCAAAAAAAAAACUUUUUACCUUCAUCUGGAAUGGGAGGAAUCCAUAACUCUUGAGAUGAUCUGGGUAGAUUUUAAAAUAAAUUAAUAAAUCCUGCAUUCUAGAACAAAGCCUGUUAAUUCCCAUUUUCAUUAAUACUGAUUGUGGUUUUGUAGUCACACAUUAGCUAGAAUUAUGAGCCAUGACACAUAGAGUUGAUUGUUUCAUGGGGCUUUUAUUUACUUUGUACAAUCAAAACAAAGGUGAAUACAGCACAGUCAGAGUUUCCUGAUCUAUGCGGCGAUUUGAUCCCAAGAUGUUACAGGAAGAAUGGAAAAGAUGGCAGAGUGACAGUGAAAAGGUGGGAAAAGAAAAUUAAUGGGGAAAGAGAAAUAAGAUGUAAAAUAAGAAAGAGAGGGAGCAGGAUGGAGUGUCUCUUGGAAAUGUCAAUCAGGAGCACUUCUGCUUGCUUGCUCCUUAGACGGUAAGGUUACUCAUAAGAACAAAUACAAAAAGAAA